GUCUGGCUCGACAGCGGGCAUCGGGUCACCAGGCAUGACAGCGGGCACUGGGUCACCAGGCAUCAGGUCACUUGGCUUGCCAGCGGCACCGCGUUAUCUGGCAAGGCAGUGGGCACCAAGUCACCAGGCACGACAGUGGGCUCUGAGUCAAUUGGCACGGCAGCGGGCACCGGGUCAUCAGGUACCGGAUUGUCCUGGCUCGACAGCGGGCAUCGGGUCACCAGGCAUUGGAUCGUCAGGCUGGAUCAGUUCAUCAGGCUGGGUAGAAAACAUCAUGCUGGGUAGAGGCAUCAGGCUGAGUAGAGGCAUCAGGCUGAGUAGAGGCAUCAGGCUGGGUACAGGCAUCAGGCUGGGUACAGGC